CUUGAUUUACCCAUUUUUCUCUUAUCACUGAUUCUUGCGCUACAAUUGAAAGAGUGGAUUCCUUUUUCUGUUCAAGAACAAAAACAAUUCAGAGAAGUUGAGGUUUAGGUGUUUGCUCCCUAUUAACAUCUUGUUUGUCAUUGGGAGUAAAAGAAUUUGCAAAUAUGAAUGUCAAUAAGUCAUGGUAUUUCUCUUUUUUUUAUAUGACAGAAAGUACUUACAUUCCUAAAACAUGCCUGUUUUUUGCGUGGAUCCUAAAACAUGCCUUAAAUGAUCUGAUGUUUUGUCUCUCUUUUAGGGUGAUGAAUUUAUAUCAAGAUGUUAAUAGGUUUUAGGUCUUCAGGCGCCUACAGGAAUAUGGCAUAAUGCACACUAUUUUUUAUCUGGCCUGUUUCAACUUCUGCACUAUUAGCAUAUCUUUCGUUGGAAAUUCCCAACGAAGCAAUCAACCAAUGGUUAUAAUGCAUUUCUAUUGUUAUUGCAGGUAUUCACUAAUAGAGAGUUGCAUCCAAAAAUAAAGUAGCUAAAGCUUUUUCGAAAAUCAGGGGCCUCCCCCUGGCUCCAUUUUUUAAUGAAGAAAGAGAAGCCAUAUGAGUACCACAACAACGAAAGCUAAAACAGACUCUGAACCUAAACUGGGGGCGGUGUUCAAACCUGGUGGUAAAGACCUACAAAAAGUUUGAGGUGGAAAUUUACGUCCUUGCCAAGGAUGAAGGUGGUCGCCACACUGCCUUCUUCUCAAAUUACAACCCAUAGUUCUACUUCAGGACAGCUGACAUAUGUGGGAAAAUUGAGUUUCCUCCGGACGUGAAGAUUGUUAUGCCUGGUGACAACGUAACUUCAAUCUUUGAGUUGAUGUUGCAUGUUCCACUAGAACCAGGGCUAAGAUUUGUGCUGAGGGAAGGAGGGAGGACCGUCGGCUCCGGAGUCAUUGCCGAAGUCAUGAGCUAAUAACAAAUGUUCCAGACCUUUCUCUUUUUACUUCUCAGUUAAUUCUAUGAUUUUUUUUCUAAGGAUUACAAUGCUGCAAAUCAAAUGUCCACCGUAGGAAAAACAAAUUAAGGUUCUAAAUCCUACAAUUUUUUAAAAUAAAAUUUCUACGAAUCAAAGGAGCCGGUAGAGUAGAAGCAUGCAACACACUAGCUACUUUUGCGUUUGAAGUAUGAGUACGGACAGAAGCAUCCCUCCGACUUAUUAGUGCAUCUCCAACGCCUUGCCGUAAAACGUCCAGGCCGACUUGUUCGGACGCACUUUGCCAUCCAAUGCGGACCAUAUUUCGUCCGUUUUCCCACAAACUGGAAGCAAACCUGGGAGACUGUGUGGGAGUCUAGAUCCCAUUGAAUCAAUAUUUAAGUAGCAGUAAGUAAUGACUACAAACACUCCAUGCAUCUACAGAUCGCUUGCGUCUCUCGCUGUGAAUCUAAUCUUCAGAUUUCUGUUGUCCACCACAAAAUAACUUGAUUAAAGAUACUAUGGGAUCUUGGAGACCUCAGAUGUAGGUGAGGAUGAGAUGCCAGAUAUGAAAUUAUGAAGGAUGAGACAUGUCUGAUGAAGAAGGCUCGGCUAGGAUGAUAAGAGGUACAGGCAGGGGUGCCCAUUUGAAUCUCAAGCAUGCAGAGAAAGCAGGGGUACUUGUUCAAAAGAUUCCAACUAUGAUUGACAACUUGAUAGACAAGACAUUUGCCUGGGAGGAUGAAAGCAAUACACCAUUUCUUUAUGACGUGGUUCACAUGGUUGCCAUUUUGGAAGAGCAAAAACUCAGGAGAGUACAGAAAGAGGAAGAUAAGCGACAAUACCGGAUAUAAAUUCCACAUCCUCUGCACUACACUCACAACAGAAGUCAUCAGUCUUGUUCACUGACUCUUAACAGAGGACCAGAAGAACCUGUACAAUCUAUUGCGUAAAGAGAAUGAGAUGAUAUUUGGGUCCAAGUCUGUUCCGAGGAAGAUAAGCAGUUUUAACAGGAGAACGAGGCUGGUUUCAUGACUCCGAUGCCCACACCCGAGCUUUUGACUCCACGCUCGUACUCUGGACGGUACAACAAUUACUUCAAGGAGAACCGGCGGAUGACGGUGGCACCACUCAACUUCUCGGUGGCUUCCAAGGAUGACAUGUUAUCCUUUGCCUCCAUGAGCGGCUCGGAGCCUGAUUCUCCAUUGGUUUUGCACUGAGCAUAAGACAGCGAUGGGGUGGCGGGCCGCACCUGUGCCCAUGUUGUCACUGACAAUCCACUUGGUCGUCGCCGACUAGGGUUGCCGUGCGGGAACUACGUGUUGACCACGGCGUGCCCGUAUGAUGCUCUACUUUUGAAACCUGCCAUCAGUUCCUUUUGAUUUACUAUUGUCUUUUGUUAUCACUGAUCUUAGUGUCCAUACUGUCACUGUUAGUAUCUAUGUUGUCACUCAUUAUACUGCUCCUGUUUAUACUGCUCCAGUCAGCAACUUGCACCUGUGACUAUUUUCAUAUUACUAUCUUGUUGCUCUCAUGCAAAUACGAUAUGCAACACUAACAAAGCUUGUAUCCAGAAGACUAACCCAAAGAAUAAAAAAGACAGUGGAAGGGGCGCAUCCCACCUGGUACCGCCCCAACUUCCUCUCGGGCGGCGCACCAAGGGUGCACCUCAAUGGUGGUGGAGCUCCCGGUGAUUCAAUGGAUGACUAUGGACGCAUGGCCGAGUCCACCACCAUUGAGUGUAUGUACAAGUUCUGCAGGGCAGUGGUGGCAAUGUUUGGACCUCAAUACUUGCGAUCACCCAAUGCCGGUGAUUCAAUGGAUGACUAUGGACGCAUGGCCGAGUCCACCACCAUUGAGUGUAUGUACAAGUUCUGCAGGGCAGUGGUGGCAAUGUUUGGACCUCAAUACUUGCGAUCACCCAAUGCUGAAGACACUGCUCGGAUCCUAGCACAGAAUGCAGCAAGAGGAUUUCCUGGUAUGCUUGGAAGCAUCGACUGCAUGCAUUGGAAAUGUAAAAACUGUCAAUUUGCUUGGCAGGGGAUGUACAAAGGCGCCAAAGGCGGUUGUAGUGUCGUACUUGAGGCAGUGGCCACACACAACCUCUGGAUUUGGCACUCCUUCUUUGGUAUGCCAGGAACUCACAAUGAUAUCAACGUACUGCAGUGCUUCCCUGUCUUUGCCAAGCUUGUUGAAGGUCAUGCUCCUCCUGUGAACUUCGAGGUCAAUGGGCGCCACUACAACAAGGGAUACUACCUGGCAGAUGGCAUCUAUCCGAGAUGGUCCACGGUGAAGACAAUCUCAAACACUGUGCCAGGAGGCAAGAACUCCUACUUUGCCAAGUGUCAGGAGGCUUGCAGGAAGGAUAUCGAGCAGGCAUUUGGUGUGCUUCAAUCUCGAUUUGUUGUUGUCCGGUACCCCGCUCAGACCUGGUCGAAAGAUCAAAUGUGAGAGGUCAUGACUUGCUGUGUUAUCUUGCACAACAUGAUCAUUGAGAGCGAGCAGAAAGAGUCAGUGUUUGACACUGAGCCAUAUUACAGGCAGGGUCCUCUUGCCCAAGUUGAUCACCAGCUACCGGCAACCUGGACUGUCUUCCUCAAUAUGUGUCAGAAGAUCCAAGACCCACAGGUGUAUCAACAACUGCAGCAAGAUGUGGUGGAGCACCUAUGGAAGCUCAAGGGCAACGCCUAGCUCGACGUGUGAUGAAAUAUGAGUUUUUAUUAUUUGUUGAACUAUUUAAUUUAUAUUGAUUUUCUGUGAUGAACUAUGUGAUUAAAAAUAGCUUAUGUUGAAUUUGUGCCAAGUACGUCGAAUAUGGGCCAA